UGCUGAUUUGCCACCCCUCCUGUCACCUCCAGCGAAUACUCGCACCUGGCUGACCUCGCCGCCAUUGCCAUCACGAGUACGAGAGGCUACCCGCCCGCGCGUUUGCCUUCGCCAUGAGUGCCACGCUGCCCUUCCGCGACAUCAAUGUACACGCGUCGUCAACCUACUACGCCUUUUCCUCGCCCUCUUCACCGAAUGCGCCAACCCUAGUGGUCGAUCGGCCAUCCGGAGACAUUCGUCUGCACGAUGGCAAAGUCACUGGAGGCCACCGCGUUUCCAGCAUCUCUGGCAUCCUCGGAAUCAUCAAGCUGCGAUUAGAUAGCUAUAUUAUAGUCAUCACCAAGUCGCAGGCCGAGGGCCGAUUGAAAGGACAUCAAAUUUACAAGGUCAUAUCCACGGAGUUCCUGCCAUUGCGUGAACGCCAAGUCCACGACCCGGACGAGGACACGUAUCUUGCCUACCUCAAGGCUCUUCUGAAGAAUGGACCCAUGUACUUCUCCUACUCCUUCGACCUCACCAACAGCUUCCAGCGACAAGCCCGCCUUGAUGCAAACGAGCCCCUGUGGCAACGUGCCGACGAUCGCUUCUUUUGGAAUCGUUUCAUCUCUACCUCUCUCAUCAAUCUGCGCCAGGGCAAGACAGCUAGCCGGGUGUCACCUGGCCCUCAGCCUGCCGCCGAUCCAUAUAUAUUGCCUGUCAUGUAUGGGAUGAUGCGCAUCACCAACACGUCCAUCAAAGGUAACCCCCUCACGUUUGUACUCGUCACUCGACGAUCACGAUUUCGCACGGGAACUCGGUACCUGUCCCGGGGCAUUGACGAAGACGGUCAUGUAUCCAACUACAACGAGACAGAACAAGCUGUUAUUCUCAAUGACACCCUAUCUGGCGGCAUGACCAGCUAUGCGGGAGAUCGUGGCGUCACUAGUGGAGCACCCGGGAGUGGCUCGGAGACGCAGGUAUUGUCUUAUGUCCAGACACGAGGCAGUGUGCCAGUUUACUGGGCUGAAAUCAACUCUCUCAAAUACACUCCCAAACUUCAGAUCCGCGGAGUCGAAACUGCUGUGAAUGCCGCAAAGAAGCAUUUUGAUGAACAAAUACAACUCUAUGGCGAGAACUACAUGGUAAAUUUGGUGAACCAGAAAGGCCGAGAAAUGCGGGUAAAGGAUGCCUAUGAACAACUUGUUAAGAUUCUCCAGUCAAACCCAACGGAGCACACAGAAGCAGAUCACAGAACUCGGGUGAAGUUUGAUGUAAUCGAGCCUGACGAUCAACGGAGCUGGUACGAUCACUUGCACUACGUCUAUUUCGACUUCCACAACGAGACCAAGGGCCUCAAGUGGCACCGAGCACAGCUUCUUCUGGACCAACUGGCCGACGGGCUGACUGCUGGCGGCUAUUUUCAUGGUAUCGAUCGACCGUCUGGGGGUGUUGAUGUCCGACGGAAGCAGACCGCGGUAGUGCGCACGAACUGUAUGGACUGUCUUGACAGGACAAACGUCGUGCAAUCCAUGCUUGGGCGAUGGACUCUCACACGAAUGCUGAUAGAUCUUGGCGUGUUGCGGCCUGGCGAGACUGCGCAAGACGACCAGACGUUCGAAGAUAUCUUCCGCAACGUAUGGGCAGACAAUGCCGAUGUGGUUUCCAAAACCUACUCCGGCACUGGCGCGCUCAAGACUGAUUUUACACGAACAGGAAACAGGACACGGGCAGGCAUGCUACAGGAUCUGAGGAACAGCUGUACACGAUAUGUGCGCAACAACUUUGCAGAUGGUCCUCGACAAGAUGCUUUUGAUCUCUUCUUGGGUCACUAUUCUCCCGACACCACUGGCAUUGGAUCACUGCAGCAGUUUGCAGACAGGAGACCCUUGGUCAUCCAAGCAGUCCCAUAUGUGCUCGGUUUCUGUGUCUUCUUCGUUGCCGUCAGUGUGAGCACCAAUCGGCUUCCCAACUCCACGGUGUGGCCUCUCCGACUAUUUACGCUGUUCAGUUUGGCUGUAGCAGGUUACUCGGGCCGCUUCAUGUGGAACCAUGGGACACUAUAUGUCAAUUGGCCGAAACUGAAUACACCUCAAUGGGCAGUCGAGGCUUACCAAGACACAUUGGAAAAGGUCACGAAAGAUCCCCUCUUGGGCGCUUUCAUUGCUGGGGGCAAUCGUGAUGCUCGUCUAGGCACAUUGGAAGAGGGCAAGAAGCGUCGCGAGUAAUGCAGGCACCAAGCAAUCAUCACAUGAGACCGUUGACUUUUUGAAAACAAACAUGAUAGAAGUACUGAUGUCGAGAUUUAGCACAACAGAACAGAACGGGAAACUAGCCGUAAGUCCAGAGUAAUCACGAUACAUUCAAAGUCAGUGCCAUCAUGGGAAUACAGUAUGGCAGCGACAUAAGUUGUUGGGUUCACAUCACCAGGGAACACCGCUCAUGGCUCGCGCAUGAACAUUGGCAAACUCCAAGGCGAAUUGCCUUGAGGUUGGAACUGCAAUGAAAUCAUGCCGAAACAACAAGUUCUCAGGCAAUGAAUUAAUUUUCUCAAUCUAUUCUCUAUUCAGCGUCG